AUGGAAGCCAAAACCCUAAUUUCUUCAGUUCUAUUCAUUGUUCUUACUCUCAGAUUCUUGAUCGGAAGAAUCAAGCGAAAGCCCAACCUCCCUCCGUGUCCGGCAUGGUCGUUACCGGUGAUCGGUCACCUCCGCCUCCUCAAACCACCGAUCCAUCGCACUUUCCUCUCCCUCUCCCAUUCCCUAGGCGAUGCUCCGAUCUUCUCCCUCCGCCUUGGAAACCGACUCGUUUUCGUGAACUCGUCACACUCGAUCGCCGAGGAGUGCUUCACUAAAAACGACGUCGUACUCGCGAACCGGCCAAAGUUCAUCCUCGCCAAGCACGUCGCGUACGAUUACACAACAGUGAUCGCAGCUUCGUACGGAGACCACUGGCGGAACCUCCGCCGCAUCGGCUCCGUCGAGAUCUUCUCCAAUCACCGGCUCAAUGGCUUCCUCUCUAUCCGUCAGGACGAGAUCCGACGGCUCAUAUUACGUCUCUCACGGAACUUUUCACAGGAAUUUGCCAAGGUGGAGAUGAAAUCAAUGUUAUCUAACUUAACAUUCAACAACAUAAUCAGAAUGUUGGCCGGAAAACGUUACUACGGUGACGGCACAGAGAACGAUCCGGAGGCUAAACGGUUCCGACAACUCAUUGCAGAUGUGGUGGCUCUUGCUGGCGCCGGAAACGUUGUUGAUUAUUUACCGGUCUUGCGUUGGGUUUCAGAUUACGAGACACGUGUCAAGAAGCUGGCGGGUCGGCUCGACGAGCUCUUGCAGGGAUUGGUUGAUGAGAAACGAGAAGCUAAAGAGAAAGGCAACACCAUGAUCGAUCACUUGCUCUCUCUGCAAGAAUCGCAGCCGGAUUACUUCACAGAUCGCAUCAUCAAAGGAAACAUGGUUGCUUUGAUAUUGGCCGGGACCGACACAUCAGCGGUGACAUUGGAAUGGGCAUUGUCGAACCUGUUGAACCAUCCUGAGAUAUUGAACAAGGCGAGAGAAGAAAUCGAUAGAAAGGUUGGUUUGGACAGGCUUGUGGACGAAUCAGACAUCUCAAAUCUGCCAUAUCUCCAAAACGUUGUGUCAGAAACGUUACGCAUGUACCCGGCGGUCCCAAUGCUGCUUCCUCACGUUGCCUCAGAAGAUUGUAAAGUUGCGGGUUACGAUAUGCCACGAGGCACGAUACUAUUGACCAAUGCGUGGGCUAUACACAGAGAUCCUCAGCUGUGGGAUGAUCCAACGAGCUUCAAGCCAGAGAGGUUUGAGAAAGAAGGAGAGGCUCAGAAGCUGAUGCCUUUUGGGUUAGGAAGAAGGGCGUGUCCUGGUUCUGGACUGGCUCAUCGUCUAAUAAACCUGACUCUUGGGUCAUUGAUUCAGUGUUUGGAAUGGGAGAGGACCGGAGAAGAAGAAGUGGACAUGAGUGAAGGCAGAGGAGGCACAAUGCCUAAAGCUAAGCCUUUGGAAGCCAUGUGCAGAGCACGUGCCUCUGUUGGUAAGAUCUUCCACGAUUCUGCUUCACUUUAGUAAUGUUUGUUAUAUAUGCUUUAUUAGGUAACCGGUUGUCUUUUUUUGGUUUUUGAUUAGUUGUUAUGUCUGUAUGUUGUAGUUAUUUAUAGGUAAUAGGGUACAUAUAUGUUAUGUUGUAGUUAUUACUUGUUACUAUGUAAAAUGAAGACAACAAAUCGACCGUGAAUUUCAAACAAUGUUGUUCACUGUUAACUACAAUUCAAUGUUUCUAAGUUGUGUGUU